AUGAGUGGGUGGCGAAUACGACCACAGAUGGAUGAAAUCGAUUUGGAAGCAAGUUACAGUGGGAAUCCAACUGUUUUUAGUAUACGGUUGCACUAUGGAGGAGAGUUUACCAAAUUUCCUGGGAGAAAAUACAUCAAUGGACAACAAAAAUUUGUGGACUUGAUCGACAGUGAUUUGUUCUCUAUUCACGACAUUGAUGAUAUGAUGGAAGAGUUGGGUUGCGUUGAAGAAGGUAAGGUUAUGUAUUAUCACUUUAAACGACCGUUAGGGGAUUUAGAUUUUGGGUUGUUUGCGUUGGGUAGUGAUCAAGAUGUCAACCACUUAAGGUCCUACGUUGCUUCACACAAGCUUAUAGAUGUGUAUACAGAAUUUUGGCGUACCAACUUGCAUACAUAUGCUAUGUCUCCUAACCCUUCAAAACUCAGGAUUGAAGAGAUUGUUGAACCCUCUUCUUGUUCUAGAAGGUUGUGUCUUGAAUAG